CGGCCCGAAAGAAAAGCUUCGUUGGGCCGGGCCGAGCCGGGCUCGGGCCGGGCGGGCCGGGCCGGUCCACUGGGCCGGGUGGCCCGUUUCGAGCCCUGGUUCAGAGGCAUUUGUAGUAAAAGAAUUCGACCUAUAAAGAAACAGAUAUGUUAUCGUCGACGAUAAGAAAAAUUGACCUUGGCAAAUUUCAUACUGUUACGAAGCAGACAAGCAUAAAAAAUUCAAUAUUUGGACACAGAAAUGAGGCUCAGAUUUCACUCUUCUCAUGGUAAAGUUUUCAAGUAAUUCACUCUUGUAUUAUGACAGUUUAGAGCCUUAUUCUGAACGAUAUGAAUAGAUGCACCAUUUUUCGUUAUGACAACAUAAUCGGCUAAAAAAUUGUAAAACGCAUAGAACAUAAGCUAAGAAGUGGCUGGGAAAAAUUUUGCCUUGAAAUAUUGUAUUUUCGAGGAGUUCAGCUAUUAAGACAGCUGAGAUGAGAAUUCUGAAAAAAUGAGUUCAGCAGUAAAAUGAUUAGCAUUCUCUUAAAACUAAACCAAAUCGACUCAUAUUUUCUGUGCUUAAAGCCUCAGUGGCUAGCUGCAAGUUGGUAGGUAACACAGCCAAAUAUCCUUUAGUCUCUAGCGAAGACACAAGUCACGUCAAUCCGAUGAAAUUUUACGCUUCAUGAAAUACGGAGACGUUUUACAAUCUUCAGUUUGUGUCGACGAUCAGGUUGCACCAAGGAUGGUACUUGUGCAAUGUUUCAGCUCAUGGAACCUUAUGGAUAUCAAGAUACAGAGGGCCGGAGACUUUUGUGGAGUACUGUAUAUACCUUGUAGUAGAUUAAAUACUUAGUAAAAUGGUUAUAAUCUUCGAAGUAAAUUCCAUUAGCCCAAAUCCUCUUAGUAUUUUUCUUUAAAUAUUGUCUCCAACAUACGAACAAACUAUCAUUAAAAAUGGCGUGGAUAAGUUUGAGAUAUUCUCUUGUACGUUUGUUCUUACAAUUGAAUUUUUAAACGACCAUAUUCCUUCAUAAUUAAAGAACUUCGCUGAUCUGCUGUGCAAUGGGAAAAAAACAACUUUUUGAACUUGAAAGAAAAACAUUCCUUUUCUCAAAGGUUGACAUGGCCUUAUAUUAAUCUUCGUGACUAUUUCAGAUAAUUUUUAUUUUCUUUCUAACUUGAAAAUAAAUUAAUUGUUUUUGUUCAAUAAUCUCUUGAUACAUGACAUGCUAUAUUUGAAUCAAAUACUCAUACGGAUCAAUAUUGAUUAGUUUCUUACUUAAAUAUUAGGAAAUGACGUCUUUCUAAUGUCAAAUGUUAUUUCUCUACAGACAUUUUGCUUACGCAGUUAAUCAUGAAUGAUAUGAUUAAAACAAGUUUGACUUUUCCCAAGAGUUUGGAAAAAAAAACAUUAUGAAACACCUUACCUAUUUCAUUCAGUCAUUUCUAUUGACAGGAAUACAACAGUCGAUUCACUUCGAAAUAAUAACAGUGUAUACAUAAUUCCGGUAUCAUGAAGAUUCCGGUUUUUCUUAUUUUAUUAAUCGUCUUCAUUGAGAAUAAUAUUUGUCUUCAAACUGAAGGUAAGUUUAUCCUAUAAUCUAAAUUAUUGCAUUUAGUUUUUAUUAGAUGGAAUACCUCUUCUUGAUCGUUCUCAAAUAAAACCUGAAUCCGAUGGUUUUUAUCAUUUAUCAAAUUAUGAAUUUAAAUGUCUUCGACAAUUAGCAAUGUGUUCAUCACAUGGAUGGUCAUUAAGAUUUAGAUUAUAUCUUAAUCCAUUUACAAUUAUUGAUCGUGAACGUAAACAUUUAUUAUUUAGUACAGGUGCACAUGAACCACAUGGUGAUGGACUAUCAAUUUAUUUAUAUCAAUCAAAAAAUACUUCAUAUCUUGAAUUUGGUUUAAAAGAAUUUUAUAAUGAUGAAUUUGCUUAUUAUUGGCAUAUUGAAACUGAUUUAGAAGUUAAUAAAUGGAUUGAUGUUAUAACAACAAUCGAAGAACGUACAACAUCAAAUAGACAACAUCAUCAAAUGACACUAUUUUUUGAUGGACAUAUUUAUAGAGACACACAAGUUGAAAAUUAUACAGAAGUAUUUAUAUUUAAAUAUGAUAAUUUACAUCCAAAAGUAGCUGUCAUUUAUGGCAAUGAUACAGGUUUAGCUAAAUUUGAUGAGAUUGUUUAUUAUGAAAGAAUUUUAUCAGACGAAGAAAUUACUAAUGUUUCUUCGGAUCGUGUCUCAAUGGGAUGUUUGAAAGAAAAUGAUCGUGUUCAUCAAUAUAUAAUUCCGGAACAAUAUGACACAUGGCAACAAUGUCGAGAAGCAUGUUAUAAUCGAAGAAUGAAGGUUGCAUUGUAUUCAUCGACAAAUGGACAAUGUGGAUGUAUUUUAAGUACAUUUGAAUUAGACUCUUCAUUUAAAUAUGAGAAGAAGUUUUGUAAAUGUCCAUUAUCAACAUCAAAGUUAAAUACACAAUGUUUAGAUGAUGGACAAUGGCAUGUGAUAUCCGUAUCAAAUGUUAUCGAUCUGAUUGACAGUGAAGUUGGUCUUGAAAUUCGUUUGGCUGAUUCAAGUUUUAUUGUUCAUGGUCGAACACGAGUUCAAAUAAAUGAAGGUGUUGAAAUAAUUGUUUCGGUCAAAAAUGAACGAAAUCUUGCUUCAUUAACUGUCUAUGGUGAUAUCGAAGGUCAAGAAACCACAAAUGCAAAUGGAAGUUCAAAUGAAAUUUACAUUACUGCUGGUGUUGUUAAUCUCUCAUGGAAAAAUGAAGGUGCAAAAAAAGUUCAAUUUCGUGCUGAUUAUCGUCGAAUGGUCAAUUAUGAAACGGCCGAAUAUCAUACAGUUUAUGUCGAUGUUGUUUUUGUUAAAACUGAUUUACCAUUACAAUUUGUUCAUUUUUCACCUGAUAAUCGUGAUGGUCAUUAUUAUCAAAAUUUCACUGUACAAACAUUUGGAAGUGUACCAAUCAAUUGUACAGUUGAUUAUGGUGAUGGAAGUCGUCAAUUGAACGGUACAAGUCGUCAUCAAUUUUAUACAGCUUAUUUUGCAAGAAAUUUUACACGUUAUGGACAAUAUAAUAUUUCAGCUCGAUGUUAUAAUGAUCGUAGUUCAAAUACAACAUAUGUAACGCGAACAAUUCGACGAGAAAAAAUGAAUAGAAAAAUGAUGAUUUAUAAAGAUUUAAUGGCAACAUCAACGGCAAGUCGAUUUUAUUUAAUGUCACGUGAAGAUUAUUCAUUUCAACAUGCUAGUUGUUUAUAUUUACGAAAUAUGAUUACAAAUGAAAAAAUGAAAUUAAUUUGGAGAAAGAAAACUUUGGAAAUGAUUCCAAAUGAGCCAUUACCUACUGGCAAAUAUCUCUAUCAACUUGAAUGUGAUUCUGUACCAUUACAAGCAUAUUAUCUUAAUGUUCAACCAGCAGUACGUUCAUUAGAUAUUGAAGCAUCUCAAACAAUAAUAAAAACUAGUCAAUCAAUCCAAUAUUCGAUUACUCUUGAACCUACAUCAGAUUUAACAAUUAUAUUUGAUUGUGGUACACCGAAAACUCCAUUAGAAAUUAUUCAUAUUCAACAAACAAAUAGUGCAUCUCCAAUAGUUGUUGCUAAUUGUACUUACACUGAAUCUGGUCGAUAUCAUCCAUUAGUUAGUGCAAUGAAUCGUAUAAAUUUAGUAAAUCAAUCAAUACGUAUUGAUGUUGAAGAACCAUUAUCACCAAUUAAAGUUGAAAUUGAAGAUCGUUCAGAUAUUAAUCAAUUAACAUUAAUUACUAUUAGCGCAUUAGAACGUAUACCAUUUGAAGGUUUAUUUACUUUAACUAUUGUUGAUAGUACAAAUAUUCAUGGAAAAAAUCUAACACGAACUGAACGUAUACAAUUAUUAACAUCAAAUAAUUUUACUGAACAAUUCUAUAUGAAUAUAACAACAUAUGGUAGACAAACCUUAUAUGUACGUGGUGGAGAUUUUCCAACAAUACGUGAAGCACAAGCAACAUUUACCAUUGGAACAGAUAUAACAACGAAACCACAAGUUUAUAUUUUAAAUCAAAUGGCUGUUGUUAAUGAAGAUUUUAUUUGGAUUGAUAUUCAAUGGAUCAAUGGAAUUGGUUUUGAUGUACGAAUUGAUUAUGGAAAUGAAAAAAAAGUUUUAAUACCUUAUGGACAAUUUAUAAUAAGUCCAUUUAAUCAAAUAGAAAAGAAAAAUGAUGAAAUGCAUGAUAUACAAUGGAAAAGAAUUAGUAAACAACGAUUACAAAUUGGAUAUAAGUUUACAAAAGUUGGUACAUAUAAAAUUGAUGUAACUUUUAUUCAGCCAUCUUCAAAAUUUCUUACUGUUGAAAUUGCAUGUCCAACAGUAACCAUUGUUUCAGGUAUAAUUCAACCUGAAGAAACAUGUUUUCAAGAACAACAAUUUUCUCUAACAUCUCCAAAUGCUAUUAAUAAUGUAACUUCAUCAUCACCUGUACUUCUUCUACCAUAUAGUCUUCAACAUAAUCUUGAACCAAUAAUAAUAACAACAUGUUCUGAAAAUGAUUUUAUUUAUUCAUUUUAUCUUCUAUCAAUUGAUUCAUCUCAUUGGAAAUAUUCUCGUACACAACGUUAUUCACAUCAAAUAAGUGAAUCUUUUGAAGAAACAUUUCUUUCAAAAGAUUGUUCAGAACUUGGACCUAAAUCAACAUUAACAAUUGAACCAAAAUCACUUUCACAUGGUUAUUAUUUAGCUGCUUUUACUAUUAGUACAAGUUCAAAACAAGCUGAUUUUCGACAAUUUAUUCAACCAAUUGAAAUUGUACGUUCAGAUUUCGUAACAACAUUUGGUGGAAAUGAAACAGUAACAAUUGAUGGUCAUCAUAUUCAAUUAGAUUUUUAUUCUUCAACAACCGAUCCUGAUAUAGCUGAAUUCGAUCGUCGUAAACUUAAUUUUACUUUAAUAUGUUAUCCAGAAGAUAUUCAAUCAUCUAUAUUCAUUCCUAAUACACUUCAAUUAGGUUCAUCAAGACCAACAGCAACUAAUCCACAAAAUCUUAAUAAUUGGUUUAUAAAAUGGAAUGAUUUAACAUUAGCUACACGUCGUUCAGAAUUAAAUAUUCAAAUAUAUGAAAAUCAAUGUUUUACAGCAAAAGCACAACAAACAAAAACAAAAGAAUUAAUUCAUUUUGAUCCAAAAACAAAAGUAUUUAAUAUUAGUGAAAAUGAUUUAGAUCUUGAUAAUAAAACACUUCAUUUCUUACUUAUUAUUCGACAUGUAAAUGAUGGAAGACAAUUAAUUACACGUUUAGAAGUUGAUAAACAAAUAAGUUAUGCAUUUGAUACGGCAGAUUUAAGUGCACUAGAAGAAGUAAUGGGUAAUUUAGAUGAUUUAGCUUCAGCAAAUCCAGAAAAAGCAGUACAAUUAAUCACCGGUUUAGCAGAUAAACUUAAUGAAAUGAGUGAUAAUUCUACUAUGGGAGAAAUGAAUGAUACAGAAGCGAAAGCAGUCAAUGAUCGAAUGGCGGCUAUGCGAUCAAAAAUGUUAUCAUCAAUGGAUACAGUCUUAGACUCUGCAAAUGAUCCAACUAUGGUCGAAAAAGCACUUAAAGCUAGUGCAACAGUGACAGCUAAUAGCGAACAAAUGCCAUUGAAUAAUCAAGAAAAAGGAGCUGGUCUUAUUGAAAAAGUGGGUGCUAAAGUAAAAGAUAUGGAAUCAGCAGAUGAAAAUACAGUCACUGAACUUGCUACAUCGUUAAUGGAUGUUGGUGGUAAUGUUCUACAAGCUGCAUCAAAAACUGUUUCAAAAGAUCAAGAAAAUGAUCCUGGUGCUGUCAUUGAGAAUCUUGAAUCCGAUAUGAAAGCAUCAGAAGAGGAUGAAACUGAUACAAAAGUUCUUUAUGCUCCAACAACAUUUUAUGAUGCAUGUGAUGAAUGUGAUACAUUACCUGAAGAACGAUGGGAAGAACUUCGACAUAAAUUAGAAGAUGACAAGAAAACAAUUAUUGAAGGACGAGAACGAGCUUCAAAUAUUGCUAAACGAAGUGCUGGCGGUUUAUUUACAGUUGGUGAUGCUUUAGUUAAUCGUUCAUCAACAAAUGAUUCAAAAACAAUUGAAAGUAAAACAAUGGCAAUGAGUUUUGGAAAAGCAUCUCCUGAUGGUAAAUCAAGUAUAUCCGCUGGUGAAACAAGUAUUCGUUUACCUGGUUUAUCGGAUUUAAAUUCGGAUUCUGAUUCAUCAAAUGUUUUUACUAAAGUUCUCGAAUCGAAAGAUAAUCCCUAUGCAAGUGCACAUGGAAAUUCUCAUGUACAAGGAAGUGUAGUAACUAUUAUUUUAUCACGACCAGAUGGAGGAGAAAUACCAGUAACAAAUACAACUGCACCAAUAUCAAUUCGUUUAACAAGACCAGUUGAUAAACGACCAAAAUUUCAAGAACAUGAAGUACAUGGAACAUCAUUUCAAUAUCAUAAAGUUAGUUUACCUGAAAAUCAAAUGACAUUAUCAAUUUAUGUUGCUCCAAAUAAUUCACCAAUGGAUACAUAUGCUAUUUAUAUUUCAUUUGAUACAAACGAAACAUUAUUAGAACCACCAACAGAAUCAAAAUUUGAUUUACUUUUUGUUUUACCAAAUAAAACAGCUUUAUCAUCAACAUCAGAUAUUAAUUUAGAUGAUGAAUAUGAAUUAAGACAUACAAUUUUUAUGCCACCAGGUGUUCAUCUUGGUAAUGGUACUUAUAUUAUUGGUAUUAGAUUAAUUAAUGCAAGUACAACAAUGAAUUUAACGGAAUAUAAUUCGAGUUAUACAGUAAAUAUGUAUGUAUCAAAAUGUCAAUAUUGGGAUGACAAACGAUAUGUAUGGAGUUCAGAUGGAUGUGAAGUUGGACCUUUGACAACAUUAAAAUCUACGGAAUGUCUUUGUAGACAUUUAACAACAUUUGGAGGUGAUUUUUAUGUUCCACCGAAUACAAUUGAUUUCAAAACAGUUUUUAAGAAAUUUAAAAAAUUACAUGAAAAUGCUGCUGUAUUUAGUACGGUUAUGGUUAUUUUUGGUAUCUAUAUUAUUGCAGCAAUUUGGUCAAGAAGAAAAGAUAAACAAGAUUUAAUUAAAUGGACAGCAUCACCACUAAUGGAUAAUCUUCCAAUUGAUUCUUAUCAUUAUUUAAUCACGGUUCAUACUGGUGUCGGUAAAGAGGCUGGUACAACAUCAAAUAUAAGUUUUGUUAUGUCUGGUGAAUCAGCUGAUAGUGGUGUACGAAAAUUAUCUGAUGGAAAAAUUCAAGAAUUUAAAUCAGGAAGUGUUCGAAAUUUUGUUAUGAGUGUUGAAUCUCAACUUGGUCCAUUACUUUAUAUUCGUGUUUGGCAUGAUAAUUCUGGUAUGAAAGAUAAAGCAUCUUGGUAUUUAAAUAUGAUCAAUGUAAUGGAUUUACAAACUGGAGAAAAGAGUUAUUUUAUUUGUGAUAAUUGGUUUGCUGUUGAAAAAGGUGAUGGUCUUGUUGAUCGUGUUAUUCCAUUAGCAUCAUCAAAAGAAUUAAAAAGUUUUGCUCAUCUUUUUACUCAAUCUGUUAAGAAAAAAUUUAGUGAUGGUCAUCUUUGGUUUUCAGUAUUUUCACGUCCAGUUCGAAGUAAUUUUACACGUUUACAACGUAUUUCAUGUUGUAUAUCAUUAUUAUUUUGUACAAUGAUAUCAAAUGCAAUGUUCUAUCGACAAGAUACAAAUGCAACAGGAAAUAAAGCUGGUGUUUUAAUGAAAAUUGGUCCUAUUCAAUUUACAUUAACACAACUUUGGAUUAGUUUUAUUGGAACAUUAAUUGUUUUACCGGUUAAUUUAAUUAUAGUAACAUUAUUUCGUAAAGCAAAAUAUAGUCAAAAAACAUUAAUAACACAUCAAUUGAAAGAAACUCAACGUCGAAAUAAACGAUUAGAAAAAGAUGAACAAUAUGAAAAAACAACACGAUUUUUCUCACGAGCAAAAUAUCGUUUAAAACAUUCGAAAAAACUUGAUGAAGAAGAAAUUGAACGUAUUGGAGCAAUACCUUCAGUUGAAGAUAAAACACGAACACUUCCACAUUGGACAAUUUAUAUUGCAUGGGGAUUGGUUAUAUUGAGUAUUCUUACAUGUUCAUUCUUUAUCAUCUUAUAUUCAUUGGAAUGGGGUGCUAAACGAGCUAAUGAAUGGUUAAUAACAAUGAUGCUUUCAUUUGGUCAAUCAAUACUUGUUAUUGAUCCAUUGAAAGUAUUUCUUAUAACAGCAAUAAUAAGUUUUCUUAUACGUCGUCCAUAUGAUGAUGAAACACUUGAUUUUAAUGAUCCUUUUACAGGAGCAUUAGUAUCAAAUAAUAGUAUUGUUGAGAAUGAUGGUCAAGAUAUUUAUAGUGAUUCUCAAAUUAAAGAAGUGGCUCGUCAACGUCGUAUUCAAUUAUUUGAUUUACGUCCCAUUGAUUCAAAUGAAAUGUCUCGUGCUCGAGAACAACGUUUACGUGAAAUAAAAAUGGGCGAAAUUAUUCGUGAAAUAGUUGUUUAUAUAUUUUUUACAGUUGUUUUAUUAUUUCUCUCAUAUCAAGCACGAGAUACAAAUUCAUAUGGUUUAUAUCGUGAUACAAAAAAUUUAUUUAUAACAGAUGAUUUUCAUGGUGUUGAUUCAUUAGGGACAUGGUGGAAUUAUUGUGAUAAUGUUUUAUUAAAAGGUCUUUAUGCUCAAACAUGGUAUAAUAAUAAAAGUUUAACAUGGAGAGAAAAAUUAACAACUGGAAGUCGAGUUUCAAUGCGUGUUGGUGCACCAAGAAUUCGACAAUUACGUGUAAAAGAAAAUAGUUGUCGUGUUCAUCGACGUGUUAAACAUAUUAUAAGUCAUUGUCGAGACGAUUAUAAUUGGUUUGAUGAUGAUACAAAAGAUUAUACACCAAGAUGGGAACAAGUUUUAAAUAAAACAGCAGCAAAAAUGACUGAUGAAUCAAAUGAUGGAGCAAAACGAUGUAGAACUCCAUGGUGUUAUCAAAGUAGUGCUCGUACAAAAAGUGGUCCUCUAAAAGCAAUUUAUAAAACAUAUAAAGGUGGUGGCUAUGUUGUAUCAUUAGGUCGAACAUAUGAAAAAGCUCGAUCACUUAUUGAAACACUUCGUUCAGAUACUUGGCUUGAUCAAUUAACACGUGCAGUUAUUAUUGAUUUUUCACUUUAUAAUGCAAAUGUUAAUUUAUUUGUUGCUGUUACACUUUCAUUUGAAAUGACAUCAAUGGGUUCAAUUAUACAAGAUUAUCAAAUAAAAAUUUUUCGUUUAUAUGAUCAUAUUGGUGGUUAUGGUAUUCUUGUUUAUUUAUUUGAACUUUUAUUUGUUAUUUUUACAAUUUAUUCUUCUGUACAUGAAAUAUUAUUAUUAAUUAAACAAAAACGAGAAUAUUUUAAUAAAUUCUGGAAUGUUAUUUCAUUUAUAACAGCAGUAUUUAGUAUAACAGUAAUGAUUAUGUAUGGAACUAAAAAAACAUUAACACGAUUAGCUAUUCGAUCAUUAAGAAAAACAGAAAUGGGUGAAUUUGUUAAUUUUAAUGCCAUUGGGAGUUUUGAUGAAGUUUAUUCAUAUAUUGUUGCAUUAGUAACAUUUUUUACAAUGCUUAAAUUUUUAAAAUUACUUCGUUUUAAUAAACGUAUUGGAAUGUUAUCACAAUCACUUAGUUAUGCUCGACAAGAUUUAAAUUCAUUUGCAGUUGUUUUUGCUAUUUUUAUGAUAGCAUAUGCACAUAUGGGUUUUGGUUUAUUUGGUCGUUCACUUCAAUCUUAUAAGAGCUUUUUUACUGCAUUAACAACUUGCUUUCGAAUGCUUUUGGGUGAAAUUAAUGCUCCAGAUAUGCUUGCUGUUAGUCGAGUCUAUGGUUCAUUUUAUUUUCUAUCAUUUAUAACUCUUGUCUUUAUUGCAUUGUUAAGCAUAUUUUUAACAAUUUUGAAUGAUUCAUUUGCACAUGUUAAACGUGAAUUAGCUGCUUCACAACAGAAAAAUGAAAUGAUGGAUUUUAUGUGGUCUGCAUUUCGAAAAGUUGCAGGUAUCAAUAAUAAGAAAACAGCCGAAGAUAAUGAUGAGAUAAUGAAAAAUAAUAUAACAACAAUGCUUGAUUCAAUGAAUAAGAAUUCUGAUGCUCCAUUGGCUAAAUUUGAUGCUGAAGAUCUUUAA